AUGGAUAAUUUCAAAGGCGAGAAUCCAGAAUCUCCAGAGGAUAUUCUGCAAAAGAUACCGGUGCUUUCAAGCUAUGCCAAGGGCCUAGAAAACCACAUAAAAGAACGAUAUUUGAAGAAGAUUUCUGUGGUGGAAGUAGAUCCGGCGGCUUUACCGAGUGAGCAGUUGAGUCCAGAAUGUUUGCCUCCUAUAGAAGUCUCCGACUUGCUCUCGUACUUAGUUCUAGAGACAAGCCAUUACACGAAUAAGCAAUUUAAGGCUUUCAAAAGUCUUCAGGCAUAUAAUCAAAUGGUUUCUGGCUUUGUCGCGUCAGUUAAUGGAAAGGAAAUCGCGGACAAGUAUGUUGUAGUGGCUAAAGUGCGGCAUUCCCAGAGCAUGAGAGAUCCUCUAGUGAAUAUUUGGAUCAUCACAGAGAAAGAUGGAACCAUUAUCUCGGCGCAUUGUUUAGAUUGCAAAGCAGGCCUAGGUGAAACCUGCUCCCAUGUAGCGAGUGCUCUGUUUUACAUCGAAGCCAUAACACGGAUCCAAGGAAAGCUCGCCUGUACUCAAGUGAAAUGCACGUGGGUUUUACCGACGUAUGUGAACGAAGUACCAUACGCGAGAGCAAAGGAUAUCACCUGCCUUGUUUAA